GUACACUUGUAUACAGAAGCGUAAAUUAAAAUAACACAGAUAUUUUUCAAAUAGUUAUUGAGUAAAUUGCUUGAACAUUUUGAAAAAUGUAUCGAUGUACAAGUGAAUAUCAAGUGUAUUUGAGUCCUGCUCCAAAGAAAAUAGACAAUUUAUACACUGCCAGACUUGAAAGAAAAUACUUGCACAAAAAGUGUAAUAGAAUACCCAAAUUUAUCAAGUCACAUUAUAGUGAAGAUGACUGGAAAGUAGCACCAGUCAAUCAUAGACUUGAAAAUAGACAUUUGGAUCUAGGAGACGUUAGUCCUAGUAAUUACAUUCAUUUUAUCUCAGCUUUGAAAGCUAAUGUUCAAGGAAUACAAGCUGACUUUGAUGAUGGACACUGUCCAACAUGGAAAAACCAAAUCUUUGGUUUAUAUAAUAUUUACAGAGCUGUACAUAAUCAAAUUCCUAAUGUGCCAAAAAUAUCAGAAGCACCAAUAUUAAUGCUUCGACCAAGAGCAUGGAACAUGAUUGAGCAUAAUAUGAGUAUUAAUGGCAAGGAAAUUCCUGGACCUCUUUUUGACUUUGGAUUAUUAAUGUUUCAUAAUGGGUUUCUUUUAUCUCAAUGUGAAUCUGGACCAUUUUUUUACCUAUCAAAAUUAGAAGGUGCUGGAGAAGCAAAGCUAUGGAAUGAAAUUUUCAGUUGGACCCAAUUAAGAUUACGCAUUCCCUAUGGGACAAUUAAAGCAUGCGUCCUUAUUGAAAAUAUUUUAUCUUCUUUUGAAAUGGAUGGAAUUUUAUAUGAAUUAAAAGAUCAUUCACUAGGCUUAAACUGCGGUAUUUGGGACUAUGCUGCAUCAAUUAUUUCCAAAUUUGGGGAUGAUUCAUCCUUUUUACUGCCUGAUAGGAAUAAAUAUGUAGAUAUAGGUAAACCUUUUUUGAAAAAAUAUAUUGAUCUAGUAGUCAAAACUUGUCACAAAAGAAAUGCCCAUGCAACUGGUGGAAUGUCAGCUACACUUUUACCUAAUAAAAAUUCAAAAGAUUUCAAUAAAAUAAUUGAAAACGUUUUGAAUAAUAAAUUGACAGAGAUACAAGCAGGAAUAGAUGGAUUCAUGGUAUAUGAUUUGAAAUUAGUUAAAUUUAUGAAUGAUCUUUGGAGAAAAUAUGGAGGACCUGUAUCAAAUCAAAUACGAUUUUCUAGAGAAUCUGAAAUAAUAACAGAACUAGAUUUGUUAACUUUACCCAAAGGAGGAGUCACUAAAGAAGGUUUGGUACAUAAUAUCACAGUGGGUAUAUUGUUUAUAUUCCAUUGGUUAUAUGGUAAAGGGGUAUUUGCUUACAAUGGAUCUGUUGAAGAUUCAGCAACAGCUGAAAUAUCUAGAGCUCAAAUAUGGCAAUGGAUCAGACAUGCUGCUCCAAUUGAAAAUACAGAUAAUGUUGUUACAAGAAGUCUCGUUUUUAAUGAAACUUUUAAAGUUUUUGAAAGACUGACUCAAAAUUAUUAUGAUGAUCUCGCGAGAGUUAAACUUGCUGUUGCAUUUAAUGUAUUUUUAGAGAUUGUAAAUCACAGAAAUUUUCCUGAAUUUAUCACAACUUACUUGAAUGACACUUAUAUAUUUAGAAAAAUGCAAGCUAAUUUGUAA